AUGCAUCCGUUGCCACACUCCCGAGGGGCACGGGUUGGGGCCUUUGCGAGCUUCUCUUGUCUCCUAGCAGUUGAAGGCAUGGCGCCUGCGGGAAUAAUGGGAGUGUCUCAACAGGCGGCCCGGGUGGCCCAGGGACUGCAUCCAGAGGUGCCACCAGGUUCUGGCCAGAGCAUGCGGAUACAGGGCUUCUGUGUUGGCAGGAAGCCAAGGGAACUAGCUGUGCGUGUGCGUGCCCAAGUUACUGAACAAACCACUGCAAAACAGCUUCAGAGGGACCACAUCGCAGGGGAUGUGUCAGAGCUUGUGGGGAACACCCCCAUGGUCUACCUCAACAAAGUAACCAAUGGAUGUGGUGCUCGGAUUGCAGUGAAGAUGGAGACCAUGGAACCCUGCAAGAGCGUGAAGGAUCGAAUCGGCAUGAACAUGAUCGAAGAUGCUGAACAAAAGGGUGUAAUUCAACCGGGCAAGACAACGUUAAUUGAGCCCACCAGUGGCAACACCGGAAUUGGAUUGUGUUUCAUGGCUGCAAGCAAAGGAUACAAACUCAUUCUCACCAUGCCUGCAUCCAUGUCCAUGGAGCGACGGGUGCUGUUCCUUGCGUUUGGGGCGGAGCUUGUUUUGACUGAUCCAGCAAAGGGCAUGGGCGGGGCCAUUGCAAAGGCGCGCGAACUUGUUGCCAGCAACCCUGAUUCCUACAUGUUGCAGCAGUUUGACAACAAGGCGAAUGUGCAAAUACACAAGCUCACAACAGGCCCAGAGAUUUGGCGCGACACUGCUGGCAGCAUUGAUAUCUUUGUUUCUGGCGUUGGGACGGGCGGAACAAUCACAGGGGCAGGGGGUUACCUCAAGUCUAUGAAUUCCAACGUGCAGGUAGUUGCUGUUGAGCCCACUGAGAGCUCUAUAUUGUCAGGUGGCAAGCCAGGUCCCCACAAGAUCCAGGGCAUUGGCGCUGGCUUUGUGCCAGGCAUCCUCGACACUAAUAUCUACGACGAAGUCUCAAGGGUUUCCAGCGACGAAGCCAUAGCCAUGGCACGAAGGCUCGCAGUGGAAGAAGGCAUCAUGUGCGGAAUUUCAUCUGGGGCAGCAGUGAAAGCGGCCAUCGAGGUGGGCUCGCGACCAGAGAACAACGGCAAGUUGAUAGUUGUCAUUCUACCCAGCUUUGGUGAGCGCUACCUGUCCUCGGUUCUGUUCCAGGCCCUCCGUGACGAGUGCCAGGCAAUGGGGAUCAACGAGCGUAUUGCGCUGUCGGACAUGGCUGGUAGGCGAUUUUACGUGCCAUGA